AUGAUUAAGCGUCCGGAGGGAACAUUGCUUUAUGAGCCAUCAUGUCCAAAUGAAAUUACACACAAACUGACUCCCAACGGGCCAGCACAAAGUGCGAAACAAAUAUUUGAACCGGAAGCUGCAGUUCUUGACCCCCAGUUGAGUGAAGCAGUUUCGCUUGGAACGACAAUUAUGGCCGUUUCUUUUAAUGGGGGUGUGGUUCUUGCCGCGGAUUCUCGCACCUCCACGGGAACCUACGUGGUGAAUCGGGCAAGCAAUAAGUUGACUAAAUUGACUGAGAAAGUGUACUGCUGCCGCAGUGGAUCUGCGGCAGAUACUCAGGCCCUGGCUGAGCAAACAGCAAAUUACCUAGAGAGCUACGAGACAGACACAUCAAAACCGGUCAAUGUUGCGACUGCUGCUAACAUCUUCCAAAAAUUGUGCUAUAUGAAUAAAUGGAAUAUUUCAGCUGGCAUUAUUGUGGCAGGGCACGAUCCUCUAAACGGUGGCUCUGUCUAUAGCAUCCCCUCAGGUGGAUCGUGCGUGAAGUUGGACUACGCUCUCGGUGGAAGCGGUUCUAUUUUCCUGUAUUCGUUUUUUGACGCCAAUUACAAGCCUGGCAUGAGUAAAGACGAAUGCAUUCGCUUUUGUCAGCGGGCGGUUGCACAUGCCUACAGCCGUGAUGGAUCUAGUGGUGGACUGAUAAGGACCAUUGCCCUUCACCAAGGUGAACCCGAAGAUAUGACAAUUCCGUGGACAGAGGCACCUUAUUGCAUGGAAAAGGAUCCAAAAUACCGUGAGUUAUCCGUGCUAAAUCCUCCCUUCAGCAGCUCUUCAAAGGUAACCGUGAACCAGAGUCGGUCAGAGCAUAUUUAG